AGAGAGAGAGAGAGGGGCCUGGCUGGUCGCGAAGCGCCUCCACCGCCCUGCCUUCUCCUCCGCCUCUUUCGCCUCCGCACGAGCGGCGCGGCCUCCUCCGUCCUGAGGGAGCAGAAGCUGCCCACUGAAGAAGUGAAUGUUUAGGAUAACAUGUCCAAUGUUUCCGUGGAUAGAAGCCUCAGACUGCAGGAGAUUAAGAAGGGGCUGCAGUUUAUACAGUCUACUUUACCCUACCCGGGGACUCAAGAACAGUAUGAGAUAUUCAUACGAGAGCUGGUUCGAAACCUGUUCAAUGAGGGGAACGAUGCUUACCGAGAAGGUGACUGGGAAGGAUCGCUGAACCACUAUUCCGAAGCUUUAAAUAUAGCCGAUUAUGCCAGUUCUGAAGGGGUCCAUAUUCCUGAUGACAUAUUAGAGAAGCUGCGUGUGAAUCGCAUUGCUUGUUAUUCCAGGAAGGGCCAGCACAGCAGAGUUCUGGAAGACUGCGUGGUGGUUUUAAAACUGAACGAGAACAAUUUCAGAGCUCUCUACCGGAAGGCCAAGGCCUUAAAAGAACUGGGGAGGAUCAAGGAGGCUUACGACGCAGUUGCCAAGUGCUCCCUGGCUGUGCCACAAGAUGAAAAUGUAAUAAAAUUAACACAAGAACUUGCUCAGAAGCUUGGAUUAAAAAUAAGAAAAGCUUACGUAAGGGCAAAGCCUUCCCCAAACUCUGUUUCUGGAGAAGGAUCAAAUAAGGGUUCAAAUCCGUCUGUAGAAGAUAUUGAAUCAGAUUUUUCCAUUUGGAAGGAAAAGGUUCUCCCUCCUGCCCCCUCCUCCUCCUCCUCCCCUUCCGGUUUUGCUCCUGAUCUGUCGAGCGAUCUGUCUCCAUUGCCCAUGGCCUCUCUCCUCACCCUUCCGUCGGAGAAAAACGCUCUGCCCAACGGAGGCUCUUUCCCCCUCCCAGAAGGUUGCCUGGACUGUGGGGAUGGGGACGACGUUCUCGGGGAUGAAAUCGAUGAGUUGCUGGAUUCGGUGUCUGACCCUGGGGAGAGUGUCAUGCAGAGCACAGUUGUCCGCGGAGCCCUCCCGGCGGCCACCAUGGCUCCCAGCAUCCCUUUUUCUGCUCCUUUGCUUGGGACGUUGCCAGUCGGGCCUGGAUUUGUCCCUGCGGUCUCUUAUUCAGACAUGUAUUCCUCUCAGCCCUUGGUCUCUGCCCUGGACAGCUUUUGUUCCUCUCUCAGUCAUUUCUCCAUUGGGGAUUCUACUAAAAGAGAUACGCCCGGUUCUCUUUCCAGAGAUGUCUCUUUGGCAUUAAACAGCAGUUCCCCUCUCCGACUUAUGAACGGGCCUACAAGCUUGUUUGGCUCCGACAGCUAUAUGGGCCUCCCGAGUCCCUCUCGCAACGACUAUUCUAGCGUGUUUGGCAGUGCGCCGGGAAAUGUGCCUGUCUCAGUGCCGGCAUCCUUAGUUGCCCGAAACCCUUUGGAAGGCACUCAUGAGUUAAGACAGGCCUGCCAGGUGUGCUUUAUCAGAAAAGAUCCAAAAUUACUGGAGUAUACCUACCAUCCCAAUCUGGAGCACCUCUGCAAGAAGGAUAUUCUGAUAGGUAGAAUAAAGAGUUCGGAAGAUAAAUCAUGGAAAAAAAUAAGGCCAAGGCCAACCAAAACGCAGUACGUGGGACCAUAUUAUAUAUGUAAAGAUGUUGCAGCUGGAGAAGAGUGUCGAUACGCCGGCCACUGCACCUUUGCGUAUUGUCAGGAGGAGAUUGACGUCUGGACCCUGGAGCGUAAAGGGGCUUUCAGUCGCGAAGCGCUCUUUGAAGGCAAAGGCGAGAUCAGCUUGACCGUCUCUCGCCUUCUCCAAGAACAUCACGGGCUGUUUAUGUUUCUUUGCGAGAAAUGUUUUGAGCAUAAGCCCAGGAUAAUAAGCAAAAGGAAUAAGGAGAAUUCUUCGACUUGCUCUCACCCUGCUAUGCAUGACUUCGAAGAGAACAAGUGCCUUGUCCACAUUUUGCGAGAAACGACAGUGAAGUAUUCCAAGAUACGCCCUUUUCACCCUCAGUGUCAACUAGACCUGUGCAGGCAUGAAGUUCGCUACGGCUGUUCACGGGAUGAUGAGUGUUUCUACGCUCACAGUCUUGUGGAGCUCCAAGUGUGGAUGAUGCAGAAUAAGACAGGUAUUACUCAGGAGGCUAUUGUUCAAGAGUCAAAAAAAUAUUGGCAGAAUAUGGAAUCAAAUGCGCACGGAGCCCAGAUUCUCACCAACCAAGCAAAGCACGGCUCUCUGAAUCUGAAAAUGAAGUUUGUGUGCGCUCAGUGUUGGAGAAACGGCCAAGUUAGUGAGCCGGACAAGAACAAGAAGUACUGCAGUGCAAAAGCGAGGCACCCGUGGACCAGAGAUCGUAGGGUGCUGCUGGUGAUGUCCAACGAGCGCAAGAAGUGGAACACGAUCCGCCCUCUGCCCACCAAGAAGCAAGUGCCUUUGCAGUUUGAUUUGUGUAAUCAUAUUGCUUCAGGCAAGAAAUGUCAGUAUGUGGGGAACUGCUCUUUCGCUCACAGUUAUGAAGAGCGAGAAAUGUGGACUUACAUGAAGGAGAAUGGCAUUCAAGACAUGGAGCAGCUGUAUGAAAUGUGGCUGAAGAGCCAGAAGCCCGAAAAGGGGGAGGAUUCCACUGCUCAGGCGAACAGGGAGAACGGGAAGCAAAUCCACAUGCCGACCGACUAUGCAGAAGUUACGGUGGACUUCCACUGCUGGAUGUGUGGGAAGAACUGUAACAGCGAGAAGCAAUGGCAGGGCCACAUUGCGUCCGAAAAGCAUAAAGAGAAAGUAUUCCACACAGAAGAUGACCAGAACCGCUGGCAACAUCGUUUUCCAACGGGCUAUUUCAGCAUUUGUGAUAGAUAUAUGGCUGGUACUUGUGUUGAGGGGAACAACUGUAAAUUUGCACAUGGACCUGCCGAGCUGCGCGAAUGGGAGGAGAGGAGGCACGUUCUAAGAAUGAAGCUCAGCAAAGCUAGAAAAGACCACUUGAUUGCUCCAAAUGAUAAUGACUUUGGAAAAUAUAGUUUUUUGUUUAAAGAUUUAAACUAACACGAAAUAAUGAUGCAUUUGUGUUGCCAGAUGGAAGCAUAAAAUCAGAAUUUGACAAAUAAUCAAAAGCAUGUGACAGAAGCUGCAGAUUUCCUGCUUUUAUUGGCCUGUAUUGUUCCUCCUGAAGAAGAAAAUGUAGUAGAUGUGUAGUGGGGGGGGACAGGGAGUUGGCAGGUCUGUCUCUGCUCUCAUGAAACAGAACGGUGGCGUAAUAAUAAAAACACAGCCUGAAGUCUUAAUGUGCUCAUUCGCCUUCUGUUGUUGGACAGAAGAAGGUUGGUUGGAGAAUAACGGGAGGGUGGAGUUCUCAUGCUGAGGGGCCCCCCUCGUUUCGGUCCUUCAGCUGGAAACUUUUUAAAGGUAAGCUUCUUAAAACAGAGGUCUCGGGCUCGGAAGAAAAUGAUGGAUGAAAUUUCUUCAGAUGUUUUAAUGGAGAGGAUUUGUUUAAAACAACUUUGCUAUUUAUCUCUAUGUAGGUUGCUUAAUAAAAAGAUUUUUUUCUUAUUAAAAGAAGAUUUAAAGCAAAAUAACCAUUUAACGACAAUAUAUGUUGAAUGGGGUAUUUUUCUCUAUUUGUAUGUUUCAAUAUAACUUACUGAACAGGAUCUUGGAAGAAAGAGACAUGCAUUAAUUUUUUUUUUUUUGGGAAAUCAAGUAGUUACAAUUUCUGUUUCUCGGUCUUUGCUGUUUCAAUGAUGAUUUUGAAAGAUUCCACUUGUAUGUCAGUAUUGUGUAUCGUAUGGACCAAUAUUGCCUGUAAUAAAGAUAACUUUACAUAAAAAAUA